AUGCCGCAGCGGGGUCAAGCUGUUGCCGUCACAGCCCGAGCUCCGCGAGCCCCGCUGCUGAGCCUGGUGGUGAGCCUUGUGCUGAUUUCGCCGAUCAAGGCUUUGGUAGUGUGGCCGCAGGCGCGCACGGGCCUCCCUCCGCGCGCCUGCGCUGCCCACCCACGCUGUGCGGUCGCCGGAUCAACUAGCAGUGGUGACUUGUAUGCAUCGUUGGGCAUCGAUGCGACCGCGUCGGCGGCCGAGGUGAAGCGCGCGUAUCGGCGUGCGGCGCUGCGGAACCACCCAGACGUCAACAAGGCAGCCGAUGCGCAGGAGGCCUUUGCACGCAUUGCCGAAGCCUACACCGUCCUCUCCGAUCCGGAGCAGCGUGCAAAGUACGAC